UUCUAUUUAUGAUUGCGCAAAAUCGGUCGAAAACAUGGGCGUUGUUGAGCCACGGGCAAACGUUCAUGUUUAGCGGGCGGAAAAGCAAACAAAACAUAACGAAAGUCGCGACUAAUUGGGUGGGUGAGUUUCCAGAGCAGCCGGGGAGAUACCGCUCGCUGUGCGCUGACUGAUCUCGUGAACCGGCUCAAUGCUGAUGACGAAACUUCGGUGGCACGGCUCCGGUAAUCAUAGAACUCACGACGAACAAGUUGCAGUUUUCGUCUGGAGUUUUAAAGAACUAACCAUUUUUUUCUGGGCAGUGGCUUUAGAACACCCUUUUCUGUGGUCUCUGUCUGGUAGGGCCACUGUUGUAUAUAAGUACGAAAUGAGACCAAUUUCGGGUGCAGUUUGCAGUUAACUUCUAGCGGUACGGUACUGAAUGCUCUUUUGUGGAAGUUGUUGAGCUGAACUGUCAGUGGUUCUUGGAAAAGAACAUUAAAAUGUUCAAAGCUUUGGUGCUGAUUAGUGUGAUAAUAGUUGUAAGUGGGCAAACUAAAUCAUCUGCAAAGUUGAAAGAAAUUCCCAUAAUUUCACAUGAAAAUGUUUUGGAAGUAGAUGGAAAGUUCAGAUAUAGUUACGAAGGUGGUGACGGAACUCGUGCAGCCCAGGAUGGCCAGCAGAUUUUCGUGAACAACCAAGCAGGAACGGCAUCCCAGGGACAGUACACGUAUCAGGGUGACGAUGGAAAAACUUACAGUGUUUCCUACACAGCCGAUGAAAAUGGAUACCGCCCUUCAGCGGAACAUCUGCCGACACCGCCUCCCGUGCCGGCUCCGAUAGCUCGAGCGUUGGCAUAUCUCGCAACGCUGCCGCCUAAAAAGGAAAACCAGAGAAAGUUCUGAACACGCCGGAAACUGUCUGGAUAAUAUUGUGAUAAGUUGCACUAGAAUAAAAUGAAUCGACACAGUUUUUAAACGUAAUACAGUGCUGUCAUUUGUUCCAGUUGUAAAGAUCUUAAACGUACUAAAAUUCACAAGUAGAGAGAUUAACUUACCGUUGAGCAUGAAAAAUUUGAACGAAAUAUGAGCGAUUAAAUGUUUUGUAAGAAUAUG